AUGGGCAACGUGUCUGGGAAGCCACGAGGCGAGGCGCGGCGGCGCCGCGUGUCGAUCGAUGCGCGCGUGCUCGAGCGACCACCAGCGCCCGAUGCCGAGCGCGGCGCCUCGGCGCGCUCGGCCUCCCGGCAGCUGUCGUUGCGGCCGCCGUCUCGGGUGUCUGGCGCGCGGCUGGAACGGCAGGGCACCCUGCUGGCGCUGUACGUGACUGAUCCCAUCAUAACCCUCGUGGCGGGGCUCCUCAAGGGCGACCACACCGUAGCGCAGGCCCUGACGCACGGCGACUUUGGGCUGGGGACCCUGGACCAGCUGGAUGGGGAGGGCAGCCCUUCAGCAACGCCCCUUGGAAUCGCGGUGUAUGGCAGCCCAAGCGCGCCCAACGCGCUGGGCAGCGCGGCGAGGGACGAGCAGGCCAGCGUGGUGGUGUUGGACGGGGUCGCGUACCACCAGAACGAGAGCGGGACGCGCGUCCUGUCUGGCAACGAGCCGUCGCCGUUCAUGACAGUCACCUGGUUUGACAAGACACGCGCUGCGACAACGCAGCUGCAGCCAGCGGCGGACUUUGCGGCACUGCAGACGCAGCUGCUCGCCACCUUCCGCACAGAGAACUGCGUCUAUGCAAUUCGCAUCAGGGGGAAGCUGCCGACCCUGAGGAUGCGCGCCGUAUGCAAGCAGCCCGAAGGCACGCGGCUGGCGGAGGCGGCGGCCAAGCAGCACGUUUUUGACUUGAAGGACGAAGAGGGUGACCUGGUGGGCUUCUGGUGUCCCGCCUACAGCGGGCCAGGCAUCCAGGUGCCGGGCUUCCACCUGCAUUACAUCUCCGCAGACCGCGCGCGUGGCGGCCACGUGCUGCAGCUGAGCCUGGAGCAAGCCGAGGCGCAGUCCAUAGAGAUCCACCGCUGCAUUGUGGACCUGCCCUCCAACGAGGCUUUCAUGCGCCACGACCUCAAUAUGGACCACGCCAGGGCGGAGCUGCACGCGGCAGAGCAGGACCACUGA